AUGUUAUCUGCUUCAACUAAGAAACUUUUAUCAAGACUACCUAUUGGCCGUUCACCACUGAGAAAAAUUGUUUUGCAUUCAUCCAAACUAUUCAGUACUUCAUCGAAAUCCUACAAACCCCUACAAUCAGAAAAAACUUCAGGAUCGAACCCAGCAUUAACAUUUCCCUGUCUAGAUAGAUUGGAGCGUAAAAAUGAGCAGUUAUCUAAAGGUAACCUUAAAUCGUCCUCAACAUCAUUGGAAUCGGGACCAGAACCAAGUUACGGGAAUGUGAAAACUGGAUUUCAUGUAUAUAAAUCAAAGAAACCCAUAUUUUUAGAUUAUGGUGGGCAUUUACCUGAAUAUGAAAUAGCAUAUGAGACUUGGGGACAUUUAAACAAAGAAAAAUCAAACCUUGUAUUGGUUCAUACUGGAUUAUCUGCUUCCCUGCACGCUAAAUCACAACCAGAAAACCCUAAAAAUGGAUGGUGGGAAAACUUUAUUGGACCGGGGAAAUAUAUUGAUACCGACAAGUAUUUUGUUGUUUGUACAAAUGUGCUUGGAGGUUGUUAUGGAUCAACCGGGCCGUCGUCAAUUGAUCCUGCAAAUAACGAACAAUAUGCAACCAGAUUUCCAAUACUAAGUGUAAAUGACAUGGUUCGUGCACAGAGGGAGUUGGUGAAAGACCAAUUUGGAAUUAACAAGAUUCAUGCAUCUAUCGGUGCUUCAAUGGGAGGGAUGCAAUCUUUAGCAUAUGGGUGGGAAUUCCCAGACGAGGUCGAAAAGAUUAUUUCCAUUAGUGGUUGUGCAAGGUCGCAUCCAUAUUCAAUUGCCUUAAGACAUACGCAGAGGCAAGUGUUGAUGAGCGAUCCAAACUGGAACCGUGGGUUUUAUUAUAACAAAAUUCCACCUCAUGUUGGUAUGAAGUUGGCUAGAGAGAUUGCAACUGUGACAUAUCGUUCAGGUCCUGAAUGGGAGUAUAGAUUUGGUAGGCAAAGGGCCGACGAGAGCCGACCACCUGCAUUAUGUCCAGAUUUUUUGGUAGAAACCUAUUUAGAUCAUGCUGGUGAAAAGUUCUGUCUUGAAUACGAUGCAAAUUCUUGGCUUUAUGUUUCUAAGGCGAUGGACUUGUUUGAUUUGGGAUUCAAAAGUAGGAGUAAAGCAUUAGAAGCUAGAUCCAAAGCUGAAUUGCUGUACUCAGGCAAAGUUUCCAGUGAUAUUCCCAAACUCGCUAUUCCUGAAACCCCAUACCAAGAAAAGUCCACAAAGGCAAUCACUACAGUAGAGGAAGGUCUCCUCGAUCUUAAGAAGGGAAUGUCUCGAUUGGCCAACAAGGAUGUGCUAGUUGUAGGUGUAGAGUCAGAUAUUUUGUUCCCGGUUUGGCAACAGCGUGAAAUCGCUGACGUUUUAAUGGAAAACAGUGUUUCAGGUAAAGUUGAGUAUUUCGAAUUGGGAAACGAUAUAUCCAGUUACGGACACGAUACUUUCUUGUUAAGCUUGAAUGAUAUCGGUAAACCAGUUAAGAAAUUUUUAGAGGAAUAG